CAAAACACUCCACACAUGGCAACGUACUCGCAGGCCGUCUCUGUGCGCGGUGCACGCGUGUUGUCAGUAAGAGGCAGCAGUAGCGGGGGCAGUAGGGGGGCCAGCGCGCGGGCGGCGCGGCGCCGGCAGUGCGGCCGCUGCGCUGUCGGAGUCAUGCUGUGCUCCGCGCGCUGCUCCUGCUUCCUCUGCCGCGAGCUGCAGUCCUGCCGCGCCGCGGACGCGAGGAAACCGCCCGCGAAAAUGUGCGACAACUUCAUACUCAAGAAAGCAGAAGCAUGGGAGCCCAUGAAGUUCAUCCGAGGCGCCGCCAGGCUUUCAGUGCGCCACUGGCAGAGUCGGGAGCCGCUGGCGCCGGCCAAGCCGCGCGUGCCCCCCAACAAAUCCACCAGCUGCGAACAGCUGUACCCCCAGCCCAAAGAGGACGUCGGACCCUACGCCAUGCGUAAAGCUCCCAGCACCGACCGCGUUAAGCACACCGAACACAAGUCGGUUUUCAAAAUCCUAGGUAACUCUCGUAAGAAGACCGACAUACCGGAGUCGAAUGUGCGGCGCAGUGUCCUCAAUUUCAGAAAGAACGAACCUCCCGGCCCUAAGAAUAUCCACGAAAAAUACAUCCCCUUGCCGCGCGCGACUUCACCCCCGGAACACAUCUACAGUGAACCCAAACCUUGGAAUUCGCAAUACGACGAUUGCUGUCGACCGCCCGUGUACCAAAGCGUUGAAAAGAAAAUCGCUGCCAAAGAAGCCGAUAAAAAGAUAUACAGCAAUCGCCCGCCAUGCUACGACGAGUUAGCGGAGCGACUGUCACACGAAAAGACUAGAAAAGUAAACAUUCCCCUCACAGAAGGAGGUUUAGCGAACAAGAUCACACAGAACAAUAAUAAAGUUGUUAUUUAUUUUGGGGACUCCAUAAUAAGGAAACACAGUGAGCAAAAGAAAGAAGAGAACAAACAGAAGGAAGUAACGCCUCCUAAAGAGGAAGCGAUCUAUGUUAAUCGACAGGUGGUCGAAUCUGAGAGCGCGGUGCCCGAUAAAGAUGUGGAUAAAGGGGGAGGAACACAGCUAGUUUCCGAGGUAGAGGUCCCGGAAGCGGUUUACACCGAAAUCAAAUGUCCAGAGCCAAAAGUAAAGAAAGAAGAAUCCGAGCCGAUAACAUUUAGUGAUGCGACGUACAAAAAAGACAUUUUCGAAUCUGUGAGUCCAGACGGGUUCCUGGUGGUGGAGUUUGAGGGUAACUACGAGAGAGCUCGUCAGCUGGUGGAGCUGGUGCACGGCGGGCGCUCGGAGCACAACGAAGCCACCGUGCUGGAUGAAGACGAGCUGUGUGACUGGAGCUUCAUCCAAGACUGGAGGAAACGGCCGUCCAGCGGCUGCCGGCCGUCGGAGGAGGCGGUGUGGUGCGGCGGGGCGGGCGCGGCGGCGGCGGGGGCGGCGGGCGCGCGGGCGCUGCGCGUGCGCGUGGCGGGCGCGCGCCGCCUGUCCCCGCCGCCGCCCGCGCACCGCGCCACCACCCCGCCGCCGCCCAGCGACCAGACCAACAAACCAAAUAUCGAAGAUCAGCCACCUAUGUCUCCCGACAACCCGAGCGCAGCGCAGCUGAAGCCAGUCAGCGCAGUGUCGCAGAUCACCGUGGCCAGCUCCCCGGUGCGCAGCGCGCCCGUGCAGAGCAGCUACGCGCUGGAGCGGCGCGCCAAGCACGCCCACCGGCCCGUCGACACCGCGCCGGCACAGAAUGGAGUACGAGAGUGCAACAGCAGUUCGGACGAGAACCGCUCGUCCGGGCACGCGUCCAUGUCGGACAGCGGCGGCGGCGAGGCCGGCCGCGACGAGCCGCGGCGCAACCGGCAACCGCCGCACGCGAGGACCAAACAUCGACCACACAACAAGUUACAGUCCCCGUGGCCGGGCGGAGGCGGGCUGGAGGACAUCCGCUCUGCCAUCAAGCAGCUCACGCUGCGCUCCAGAGACAGCAGCAGCACGGCCACCAGCGGCGCGUCCAGCGCUGGCGGCGGCAGCAACGGAGCACCAGAGAGCGGCAGCGCGGCGGACGCCCGGCGCCGGCGCGCGCCGCUGGUGCGGCAGCCGUCGCUGGACACCGUGUGCACCAACGUGACCAGCGCCGACGAGUUCGUGUGGGUCGACUCGCACAACAGGCUGGUGGAGCUCCGCUACGUGCCGUGGACGGCGGGCGACAUCACGCGCGCGCUGCAGACGGGCCGCUGCCGGGAGCUGGCGGCGCGCACGGCGCCCGACGCCCCGCCCAGGCUCGCCCACCUGCUGCAGAGGGCAUUGGUUCGAAUAGCGCGCGAAGCUCAGCGUCUAUCGCAGAACUUCGGCUUCUGCUCCAAACACGAGGUGGCCGGCGCGCUGCGGAUCGUACUCAGCACGCCGCUGGCUGACUCAUGCAUCAAGGGUUGUCAGCGAGCGGCCACGAUGUACGCGACGUCGGGUAGCGCUGCGCGGCGCCUGGGCUCGGCCGCACGCGCGCGCACCAGCCUGGCGCCCGGCCGCUUCCAGCGGUGGAUGCUCGACGUGCGCGUCGCGUCUUUUGUGCACGAGUACGCAGCAAUCUACCUCUGCGCUGGCAUGGAGACGCUGUUGGAAGAGAUAGCUCUGAUAGCUGCAGGCAGUGCUGCCACAGCACCCAUCACACCGGCCACCAUCGACCAUGCGGUGGCUAACUGUGCCGACCUGUGGGGCUUGCUACAGCCGUAUAGCCAUUUAAAUGCUGGGAGGGUUGCCUCGGGAGCCCUGUCGCUCUCGAGAUGGGAGUCCAUGAGCUCGCUGGGCUCGGGCUCGUCGACGGGCGCGCCGCGGCCCGAGAACAGGGCGCUGGGGCUGAGCCACGACUCCGGCAUCACGACCAAUGGUUCGGGAGGGUCCGGCACGUCGGCGGGGUCCAACAACAGCGGCGGCUCGGGCGCGUCGGUGCUGCUGACGACGUGCGCGGGCUCGGCCGCCGAGCUGCGCGCCGUGCUGCGCCAGGUGCACCCGCGCCACCCGCCGCUGUCGCCCGCCGCCGAGCGCGCGCUCUACUACUUCAUGCGCUGCUCGCAGCUGGAGCACACGAUGAGCGGCGCGAGCGGCACGGGCUGCGGCGCGGCGGGGCUGUGGGGCGAGCGCGGCGCGGGCGCGCUGCCGCCGCUGGGCGAGUGGGUGCGCGUGGCGCGCGCGCACGCGGCGCUGCGGCCGCCCCCCGCCGUGCCCGACGCCGACGACGUGCUGCAGGCUGCGCGCCUGCUGCUGCCGCACGCCGACUGCCCGCCGCGCCCCGUCACGUUAGAAGAAGCCAUAGAGCCAGCGUGGUCGCGCUGCCAGCGGACUGCUGACGAGCUGAGCCGCGCCGCGCUCGGCCUGGCGCAGCGAGCGCUGCUGAGCGGCAGGCCGGAGCUGGUGGGCGGCGUGCGCUCGCUGCUGCCGCCCGCCGGCAUCGACGCGACAGACGCGUCGGGACUGACUGCGCUGAUGAAGGCGGCGCUGGCGGGCGACGAGCAAGUCGUUGCGAUGCUAAUAGAAGCCGGCGCAGACCCUAACAUAGAGACGGCGGGCGCGGCGGCCCAGCACUGCGCGCUGCUGUCCCCGCGCGCGCCGCACCCGCCGCAUGCGCCCGCCAGCCCGGCGCCCACGCCCUCGUACACGCCGCCCACUGCUGGUUGGACGGCGCUGGUGUACGCGUGCAGCGGCGCGGGCGCGGCCGGUGCGGGCGCGGUGGAGGUGGUGCGGCGCCUGCUGGCGGCCGGCGCGCGCGUCGACGGCGCGCCGGCGCGGGGAGACGACGUCUGCACUCUCACUCCUUUACAAGUGGCGUGCGGCGUCGGCAACCUGGAGCUGGUGCAGCUGCUGCUGUCGCACGGCGCGGACCCGUUCCUGUCCACGCAGCUCAACGACGCGCUGUGCUACUCCGCCGCGGCGCAGUACGGCUGCUACAGUGCGGUGGCAGUGUGCUGCACGCACGGGCGGCGCGCGUGCCUGCGCGCGGCGGUGCGCGGCGGCGCUCGCGGCGCGGGCGUGGGCGCGGUGCUGUCGCUGGAGGAGGUGCUGGCGGAGGGCGCGCCGCCGGCGUCGGGCCGCCCGCCGCCCUUCACCAAACAGCAGCAGCGAGCGCUACAGGACGCCAUGUACUACGCUGCUGAAACUGACCAUUUAGAUAUAACCCUGGAACUUCGCGCGCUGGGCGUUCCCUGGUCUCUGCAUGCGUGGACGCUGUCGCUGGCAGCCGCCGCCGAAGCUUCUCUCGACCACGUCAUAGAUCAACUGUUACAAGACUUCUUGCAGGUGUGUCCGUCGGACGACAGUCACUACAGCAAGCAAUUUAUCUACGAGUGCCUCCCUCUGCUUUUCAAUAUUUUACGCUACAGCAAGAAGGAGGGCACAGUGUUGCUGCUGGCGGACAUCCUGUGCGCAUGCUACGGCUGGGAGCCCGUGCCCGCCGUGCUGCAGCCGCCGCCCGCCGCGCCCGCGCCCGCGCGCGUCGACCCCUCCUACGUCAACAACCCGUCCCUGGCUGACGUCACCUUCAGAGUGGAAGGUCGCCUGUUCUACGGACACAAGAUCGUGCUGGUGUCGGAGUCGGCCCGGCUGCGCGCCAUGCUGGCCCCGCCGCGCGCCGCGCCCGAUGCGCCCGCCUCCGCGCCGCCGCUCGUGCAAAUCAACGACAUACGAUACCACAUAUUUGAGCAAGUUAUGAAGUACCUCUAUUCUGGGGGCUGUUCGGGGUUGGAUAUCCCGGAAACCGAUGUCCUGGAGGUGCUCGCUGCAGCGUCAUUCUUCCAGCUGCUGCCUUUGCAGAGGCACUGUGAAGCGCGCGCCGCCAAAUCUGUCGACCUGCAUAACCUGGUAUCAGUCUACAUUCAUGCCAAGGUUUAUGGUGCCACCCAACUUCUGGAAUAUUGUCAAGGGUUUCUCUUACAGAACAUGGUAGCUUUAUUAACAUACGAUGACUCUGUAAAGCGGCUACUUUUCGGCAAGCGACUUCCCGGACACAACGUUCUCAGUGCCUUACUAACCACCUUGCAAAAGCGAAUCGAGUCCAGGAAAAACCAAGCGAAGAGUAGGUAGCAGGACUGAGGCAAUAAGUCAUACAAAAAACAUAUACCUAAUUAUAAUUAACUUAACCCGUUACUCGCUGUGACUGCAACGCUACCUAGUUUUUUGUUUAAAGUCUGGCAACACCAUUUACCCAUAGUAUUUUUUCAGAUUUAUUGUCAACUUUAAUAUUAUAUUAUCAUAAUUAUUGUAUUCCAUCAACUGAAUGCUUUAAACUUUAAUUUUAAAUUUUCAUAUAGGUUCCUAAUUGGACAGGCUCAAAGCAUUUUCAUGCAAAAUGUUAGUGUCAGAUCACUCUUAGUUUUUUUCUUCAGCUACGAGUAUCUCUCCUUACCUAUUAAUAACCUAAUGAAUAACUCUGUUUUCACUAAUCAGAAAUAUUUGCCUAUUAAAUUAAGUUAUUAUUGUGUACUUAGUUCUUUUUACUUUUUGUCGCUAAUUAUUUAAUGAAUUGUAACUAACAAAUUAUAUCAUUGUCUAUGUUUGUAAAUAAUUUCAGUAGUUUUCUUAGCAUUAACAAUCUAAACUUGGCUUUUACAUUAAAAUAUUCAUCGUCAUUUCAUACAAGAAAUUAAAUAUAAUUAAAAUAUAUUAAAAAUAAGAUUAUGUAGAUAGUAUUUAAGUCAAAGAUAUACAAUUGAGACUGUGUCCGGCCUGAUGGAAUAAAUUACCUACAUAGUAUUUUUUAUUUAAAAAUUAGUGCAUCCGUCCAACAGGUAUUGUGCUACAGUCAUCGACUUUUUCCGUCUACGACUGACCGAUAGAUAUCUGUCAUUUCAUACAAAAUUAUGUUGACAGUUUUAUUUAUUGCUUUUAUACUUGGUCUUAUUCGUACUCUGGAUUUUCACAUGAGCAGUGGCGUAUCAAUGAGGGGGCAUUACGUCAGGCGCAUCAGUAAGGUGGCAAACGCCAUGAUAUUUUUAUUUAAAAAUGAAAAAAAUAGAAAGUUCAAAUGGGCACGCCUCAUAUAACUCAUUUUCAGCUGUGCUAUAUACAUUAACUGCUAAAAUUUGUGAUCGCUUAAACAGAUAUAAAGUCCAAGCUGCCUCUUCAAUGCAUGUCGCCACGUUACUCCACUGCACAUUAGUCCCCACAUCUACAUAUAAAUGUGUGUAAUUCAGGCCGGAUACAGUUAUAGUUAUUUCAAUUCAAAAUAUUUAAUAAGAUACCUAUUAUUUCAUGUCUAUAUAGACUAGGUACGUCCGAGCACAAACAUUUUACAAAGUAUUAUGUAUGUAACUUUUGUAAUUAUUGUUGAAAUAAAGUUUUGUAUUUUAUUAAGAA